AUGACGACUUCCCACCAUCGGAACCCCUCCGUCGCGGAAGAACCUGUGACUUCUGUUCUUCCAGACGGCGACAUACCUUACGAUCCCACGCAUUCUUUGAACCCGGAUGAAGAGGUUCUGGCGUCACUUGGUUACAAAUCCGAGUUCAAGAGAGAAUUUUCCCUCUUUACCACAUUCUGUGUCAGUUUCGCAGUUCUGGGUCUACUGCCCAGUUUCGCAUCUACACUGUAUUAUGGCAUGGGCUAUGCAGGGACAGCUGGCAUGACCUGGGGUUGGAUCGUAGCCAUGAUAGGAAUUCAAUGUGUGGCUAUGAGUAUGGCGGAGCUGUGCAGUAGCAUGCCGACGAGUGGAGGGUUAUAUUAUGCUUCUGCCGUCCUAGCACCACCUGGUUGGGGGCCUUUUGCUGCGUGGCUCACUGGUUGGAGUAACUGGCUCGCUCAAAUUACAGCGGCACCGUCCGGCAAGUACAAAACCGUCAUCCCUUGUUGA